UUGUGUGUUAGAUGUGAGGGUGUGUGCGAGUGGCGGAGUUGAGCAUUUCCAGCUCCAGCAUCCUUUCCCAGGCAGUGCGUAUGUGUGUGUGUGUGUGUCUCAUAGAUACACUGGGUCCUUUUUGGAAAGAUGUAACCGUGAAAAUAAACGUUUUGGGCGUGAGCACGAUGAGGCGAUGAGGACAGGAAAUGACUGCAGAGCUGGAGUUUGGGGCUCUCCUUUAGAGCAUUUAUUUAAUUUCAUUUUUAGUGAGAUAAUGCGGAAUCCUUGUAGGCGUUAAUUUGCAGCAUUCAAGAAGAUGAAGAAGCAGUUCAAUCGGAUGAGGCAGCUCGCCAACCAAACGGUGGGAAGGGCCGAAAAAACAGAGGUGUUAAGCGAGGACCUCCUACAGGUGGAGAAGCGCCUGGACCUCGUCAAACAAGUGACACACAGCACUCACAAGAAGCUGACUGCUUGCCUGCAGGGUCAGCAGGGGGCUGACGUGGAGAAGAAAUCUAUCAAGUCACCCUCUCAGAAAAAACUACCACUUACUAUCUUGGCACAAUGUAUGGUGGAGGGAGCUGCAGUUUUGGGGGAUGACUCCCUUCUGGGGAAGAUGCUGAAACUAUGUGGAGAGACGGAAGAGAAGUUGGCCCAGGAGCUCAUUGACUUUGAAUUCCAGAUAGAGAGAGAUGUGGUUGAGCCUCUCUAUGUUCUCGCUGAGGUGGACAUUCCCAACAUACAGAAACAAAGAAAGCACUUAGCUAAGCUUGUCUUGGACAUGGACUCAGCACGGGCAAGAUACCAGCAGUCAUCCAAGUCGUCCAGCCACCCCAGCAAUCUGCAGCCCGGCACCAAGACAGAGUCACUCAGAGAGGAGAUGGAGGAGGCAGCCACUCGGAUGGAGAUUUGCAGGGAUCAGUUGUCUGCAGACAUGUACAGCUUCAUGGCCAAAGAAAUAGACUAUGCAAAUUAUUUCCAGACACUAAUAGAGACACAGGCGGAAUACCACAGGAAGUCACUAGAGAUUCUUCACAGCAUUCUGCCCCAAAUUAAAGCGCACCAAGAGGCAUGGGUGGAGAAGCCGUCGUUCGGCAAGUCUCUGGAGGAGCACCUGAACAUUAGUGGGAGAGAGAUCGCCUUCCCCAUCGAAGCAUGUGUCACCAUGCUGCUGGAAUGCGGCAUGCAAGAGGAGGGCCUCUUCCGUGUGGCUCCAUCAGCCUCCAAGCUGAAGAAGCUCAAAGCCUCCCUGGACUGCGGCGUUCUAGAUGUGCAGGAGUAUUCCUCUGACCCACACGCCAUCGCAGGUGCUCUCAAAUCUUACCUCCGUGAACUCCCUGAGCCAUUGAUGACCACUGAACUUUAUGAUGAAUGGAUUCAGGCCUCCAACAUUCAGGACAUGGACAAGAGACUCCAAGCAUUAAUGGCAGCAUGUGAGAAACUGCCCACAGAUAACUUGAACAACUUCAGAUAUCUCAUCAAAUUCUUAGCCAAGUUGAGUGAGUAUCAGGAUGCCAACAAGAUGACACCUGGUAACAUGGCCAUCGUCCUUGGCCCGAAUUUACUCUGGACGCACACAGAGCCGGACAUGACAGAGAUGAUGACCACCCUGUCUCUGCAGAUUGUAGGCAUAAUCGAGCCCAUCAUCCAACAUGCUGACUGGUUCUUCCCUGGAGAGAUUGAAUUCAACCUGACUGGCAGCUACGGCAGCCCCAUCCACACCAACCACAACUCCAACUACAGCUCCAUGCCCUCCCCCGACAUGGAGCAGUCUGACCGCAAGCAGCAACACCACCACGACCAGAACCGGCGCCCACUCAGCGUUGCCACGGACAACAUGAUGCUGGAGUUUUACAAGAAGGAUGGCAUUAGGAAAAUCCAAAGCAUGGGUGUCCGGGUCAUGGAUACUUCCUGGGUAUCACGUAAGGGCUCAUCCACACUGGCACGCAAGACCUGCUCCACCCCUCCAGGCAUGCAAGGCCCCUGCUCCCCGGCGGACUCGCUCAUCUCCGAGCAGGCCGGAGAGUUUGUAAUCUCUCCAUCUGCCACGCCUCCUCCUGGAGAACGAAUCCGCUCAGACGUGUCGCCCAAUCGGCCGGACACCAUUCAUGCCCACCCACCCCCGGGGGAGGACCGGCCGCCCCCUCCUUACCCCUCCUCCUCUUGCCACACUGCCCACCACCACUUCUACCCCAAGCCACCUCCCUGCGCUCGCCCCGUGGCCCCAGGUCCGGAGUCGCAACCCCCGGCCUCGCCUCCGCCCCCUCAGCGUUGGUCCGGUUUCACUCCCCCUGCUCCUCUGCCAUCCUCCUCGUCUUCCUCCUCCUCCUCCUCACUCGACAUCAAUUCCAACCCCAAGCCCAGCUGUCUGCACUUCCCCAAGCACAGCCCUCCCGGUGACAUGACGCAUGCCCCCCCACCCGACAUUAAUGCAUCACCGCUCUACAUCAAACCCCCCCUGGUGCUAACCCGCCACGAGCAGUCCCUCGGCAACCCCCCUAGCCUCCCUUCCUCUGCACCCCCGCCCCCACCGUGGGCUGCCUGUCCAUGUGCCAGAGAGAGAGGACUCCCCAGGCUGACUAGUUCGUUGAAGAGUAAAGAGCACUCCCCUGUCAUUGGACACAAAGCCAUCCAAGUGGCAAGUCCAACAGUGCCCCCCAUCUGCAGUCCCCAGAGCAGCAGUCAGUGUCCCCAUUCCACAGAGCACAGCCCACACACCCUACGCAAAGGUUCCAAAAAGUUGGCCCCCGUGCCUCCAAAGGUCCCCUAUUGCCAAUCUGGUGUGAUGUCAGAGCAGUCGACAGGCCACCCCUCACCGGUCAGUCUGUCCCCCACCCCUCCAAGCACCCCUUCCCCUUACGGACUGGUGUGCAGUCCAGGGCAAGUACCCUCAUCGUUCCCUGGGCAGACCCCAUUGGGGGCACCUCACUCCCUUUCAUCCCCACCCUCCUUAACGGGUACACUCACCAAGACACGACCUGCUCCUAAGCCAAGGCAGAGACCCAGCCUCCCCCCUCCGCAGCCGCCUACCGUCCCCACCGGGUUUGCCCCCCCACCCCCGGUCCCAGCUCCAGUUCCCCAGCCUCUGGAACAGGGCCUCCUGGAUGGACUGUCUCCUGGAGAGAGCAUGUCUACAGAUAUCUUCAAUUACGAAAUCCCCAGCAUCAAUGUCAAUCUGGACAGCCUCAUCGAUGAGUUCAGCGGUGGCCCCUGCAGAAGGUCCCUUCCGGUGAUGGACUCUCAGGCAGUGGAGGCUGUGCCCGAGGAAGAACCCCAGACAACCACUCUAUGACCUAUGAUCCCAGUUAACAGUGCCCCCAAGUGGCUGUUCCAGUUGUCACCACCAAGGCCUGAAGGGAAUCAUCAAUAACCGCCCCUACCCCUCAAAACAACCCCAAAAACUCCAUCCUCACAUGUGCUCCAAACUGCAAAAACACGUCUCUCUUACCAUCGUUCACAAGAACUUGCAAACACCCCACCAAAAUGCCACCAUAAGAGGAGGAACUGAUGCCUUUUGGACGAAAGACUGGAUUAAUAUUUAAGAUUAAUUUAUCGAAUUUAUCUUUUUUAUCCUGCUUUUGCUUUGUUCACUGGUCUUGCUGUUGUGAGUGAGUUUUAAUUUAGUUUGCUUUAAGUCAAAUAUAAUUAAUUUUGAGGAGAAACUGAACCUGAUGUUGAUAUGUUUGCUCACAGGGUAUCUUCAUGCUUUGUGCACACGAGGCCUAGCCUGAGUGACAGGAUUUGCAUGCAGGUGAAAUUUACUAAGCCGUUUACCGUAUUUCCUCAUAUAGCUUUUAUACACAACUGCAUAGAGUACUAGGGGUUUACAAGAGGGUAGGGCAUUGUUAUAAUAUUCAUAGUUUUUGUAAUUUUACCAUGCAUAAAUAAGAUCAUGUAUUCCAUGACAAUGUGUCUUAAAUGAAGUAUAUAUUAUUAUUGUUGUAUUAUGGCCAUUGUCAGUCACUUAAGGGGAGAUGUCAUAUUUUUUGCUGGACACACUCAAUUGCGUCUUUUCUUUUGUCAACUUUUUCUUGUUUACCUUUUAAAUUUCACCUCCUAACUUCAGCUUUAGUCACAACCUCUGCAGGGGGUGGUCCUGACUUAUCAGUCAACAGACUUAUCAGUAUCAGUCACAGAAAAGGUCAUGACUAUGCUGCAAAAACUGGUUAGAUUAAAUCAGAUUAAAUAUCUGUAAUUGAAAAAACGUAAAAACAAAUAUUUAUUUUAAAUAAUAUAGAAAAAAUAAUUUUAAACAUAAUUUUUGACAAUCAAUUUGUGUUUUCUUUCAAUGUUACACCAAUUUGCUUAUCUUAAGUCCCGUGAUGUGCAACAUGGUCACCAAGUUGUUAGCAUGUUGGCCUCGCCAUCAGGAAGAGGGUUUGAAUCCCCUUUUGGAAUCUCUAAGGAGUUUGCAUGUUCUCCCCAUGGUUUUUCACUGGGUACUCCGGCUUCCUCCCACAUCCUAAAAACAUGUUAGGUUAAUUGGUGACUCCAAAUUGUCCAUAGGUAUGAAUGUGAGUGUGAAUGGUGUGUGAAUGUUUGUUUGUCUAUAAACAAACAUUCAUGAUUCGUGAUUGACUUACCCGUCAUUUGUAUGCCCAGUAUUUCUAAAAUCAUCUCUGGUGUCCCUGAGUACCAUGAGGUAGAGUCCUCGUACCACCUUGUAUUUGGGGCAUAAUUUAAAAAUCAAUUUUCCAAAAUUACUAAAAAUAAGCAAAAUAAUCUACCAACAGAACAAGAACAAUUACUUGAAUGGCUUGAAACAAAUGAAAUGACUUAUUUUAGAAAGCAUAUUCUCCAUGUCCAUGUUACACACAUUAAGCAAACUGGUGCCUGGUAAGAAUAAAAAAUGUUUAGUUCAAAAGAAGUAAUGUCAGAUAUUGAUUUUAGAUAUUUAGUUUUGCUUAGGGUUUAGUUUUUGAUUUUUUUUUCUUGGGGGGGAUAAGGGAGGCAUUUAUUUGAGGUGCAGAGUUUAUCUGAUUAAUCGGGGUACAGCGUCUAUUUGAGGGAAUAUGGUACUUAUGAGCCUGUCUGCUAGUUUUAACCCCAAAUACAAAGACUCACAUUUGGUUGUACCAGUUGAACCAGCACAAUAAUAGAAGAAUGUUUAAAGCCGGGAUAAAUAAAUUGCUUCCUAUUGAGGACCCCAGAAUGACAGAGGGUGAUGAGUUUACUGUAAAGUUUGAUAUUGGUUUAAUGGAAAACUCUACACUGCCUUUUGCUUUUUUGUUGACAUUAUUUUCUCUUUUAUUUACCUCAUUGAAUGACCUUUGAGUGUAAAUACAAAAACUGUACUGUAUAUAAUUCGAUGUAUAUAAAGCUGAGAGGAAAGGUGUGUGUAUAAAAUGUAAAUACAGUGGUAUGAAAAAGAUUUUAUAUAUCUAUAAAUCAUAUAUUUAUAAAUCACUGGUGGUUUGGAUCAGUCAACAAAGACGAUGAUGAUGUUUGAGAAAAUUAAGUUUAUAGGAUUUACAGAAAGUGUGCAAUAAUUAUUUAAAUAAAAGUAUGCAGGCGCAUAAAUUUGGGCACCCUUGUUGUUUUAUUGAUUUGAAUACUUUGCCUACUUACUUUUGUUUAAAUAAUUAUUGCACACUUUCUGUAAAUCCUACAAACGUCAUUUCCCUUCUCAUCUAUCACUGUGUUUGUAUGCUAUAUGACAUAUUUAACUGGAAUGGCUGAUCCCAACAACCAGUGAUUUAUAAAAGAAAAUCUUGAAAAUGAUCAGUUGUGCCCUAACUUUUUCAUACCCCUGUAUAUAUUAUAUAUACACACACAUACACACACACACACACACCUACACAUACACAUGUGGGUAUUUUUGUCUCCAGCACACAAUUGUGAACGGUUUUAUUGUAUUAUGUCACACAUUUAACGAAACAUGUUUUUGGGGGGGGGGGGUUUAUACACUUAUUUAGGUAGACUCUAUUGCGGUCUUUUGGAAUAAUAUUGCGGAUGACAAUGCAAGAUUUCCCCAACUUCCCAAAAUCUCAAGACCCAAAUUUUCUCAGAUAUUUCCAAUCACAUGUACUGUGAAUGAUUAGAGAAGACAUGGCUUUAUUGCUCAAACCACCACCUCAAAAAUACGUAAGAAGUACCGCCACUUUUGCUACCUCUGCUUACCAUCACGGUUUGGCUUCCAAUAUCUACUCGCUUGGUAAUUGGCUUUAUUGGCUUUUGUUUUGUUUUUUAUCUUGGGUGUUCUUUCGUAACACUUGCUGGAGUACCGCCAGUGGUACUUGUAGCACAAAUUGACUUAUAGUAUUUUACAUACUUACAGUAUAGUAUACUAUACUAUACUUAUAGUAUUUUAUUUUACAUACUUACGUAAAUUUGUUUUAAUUGUAGUUCCAUAGUUACUAAAAGUGUGCACUCUUGCAUCCUCUGUAAAGGUCUUUUUUCAAACGGCUCUUCAUCAAUAUGCUCUACUUCACAGUCAAUUGGAACAAAAAUAUAAUCUGUCACUUAUGUCACUCCACAAAUGUGGAGGUACAUGCCUUUUAUUGGACACUGAGGAUAUUUUAUUUAUAACCGAUGUCUCACUCAUACCUUUUUGUUAUUGUAGUCAAACUGGAUUACGUGAAUUUACAGUUUUUCUGUUUUUCAGCCCACAUCUCUGUCUGUUUUAAUUUUGUUUCCUUUUGCAUAAGAAGAACACACUUCAGAAGUCAUGUAUGGUACAGUAUGUAUCAUGUGUGCAUCGUGUGUGUGUGUGUUAUGAAGAUUUUGGUGGUCAUGAUAUAGGUUUUUGUGAUGACUAUAUGCCAACAUUGCAAGUGCCCUCAUAUACAUAGACCUUUGAUGUUUUUGGAACUAUAGGCAUAAUCAAUGUGGACUAAAGAUUUUUAUUUUCCAUGCUUGGAUCUGUACAUUUUUACAAGGAGGCCGAUUGAAUGUGGUACACUUCAAACAGCGUUAUUAUUAUUAAUGUCAGAUGCCUGAUUUUGUAAUGAGGGUGGCAUGUGUUAUCAAUAGCGGAAGAAUGGAGAUUACAGCACAUGUGCCAAAAUGCAUGCAUUCACGGUCAUAUGGAAGAGGCUGCUCUUACAACACGAGGAAGUUCAGGAGCUUUUUCCCAACAUGGGAUGUUCAUAAGAUCCACUUUUUGUAACGGAUGGGUUUCACUGAACAUUUUAACAUUUUGUAACUCACCACCCGGGGCUAUAUCAUGUUUUCAUUUGAGGGCAGGGUUUAAAUUAGUUCAUAAAACGAAUGGAAAUUCUGAAAAAGCAUGCACCUAUCGAUAGUCUUGAUGUCCAUCACUGUCUUUUUUAGGGAGAACGAGGGGUGCAGAUCACACACACACAAAAAGGAAGAAAUAAAUCAAAUGUGUGUGGGAGCAAUAUGAGGUGGGGGGGGGCAGAUGAUAUUGCCCAUGGAUGUCCUGCCUCCCUCUGCUUGUAUAGACAAACAGAAACCACAGUGAUACCCCCCAACCUAACCCCCUCCUCUUGUGCUUAGCUUAUCAAGUGGAACACAGUGUGUACUGUGAAGCCUUUCUGCAAUCCUGAUCAGAAUGUCAGACAUAAAUAGAUCUCUAUAUAUUAAA